AUGGCCUCUCGGAAUCGCUCUGGCAGACGAAGAACCGCCGCUCUAGCCUUCUUCGUCGCCACCGUUAUCCUCCUCAACUAUAAGGGGUUUCUGACAUUACCGAGCUUCGAAGCUGCCAAACCCGACCGACCAGAGCUCAGUCUUGCACCGACAUGUGCCCCCACCAUUGAUCAUCUUCGACGCUCGGCGUACGGCCUUACGAGGGACGUCGUCUACCAGAAGCGAUGCGUUCGACCUGUGAUGGACAAGAAGAUCGAUACCCAGAUCGUGUCGCAAAACCCCGACACCUUGAUAAAGGAUACCCAGAUUGUUCAACUGGACCAGGCUUGUGAAGGAUGGACUGAACCAACGUGCGAGCCUAUUACCCUGAAAGUACCUCCGCCAUACCCGCAAGAGGACUACUCGCCCUUUUUGUUUGGCGUCGCAACGAGCCUUGAUCGGUUGAACGAGUCGCUUUCGCAGUUUGAGAGCUGGCUCGGCAACACUCAUGCACAGUUGUUGGCAGUCAUCACAGACCCUGGCGACGAACACAAGUACGAGGCGGUCACUAAAGAGUUCCAUCGUCGCGGUGUUGAAGUGGCCAUAAAGGACCCAUGGAACAAGGCCAUCACCUCGAACGAGCAGCAUUUUGCCAUUGUUCGCGAUCUUCUACAACAUGUCACGCCCAAAACACGGUGGGUGGCGAUUGUCGAUGACGAUACCUUCUUUCCUUCGCUCUACCCCAUGAGCCAGAUUCUUGCGAAAAAUGACCACAAGGUUCCGGCGUACAUCGGUGGGCUAUCAGAGAAUUACGAUGCAGUCAAGCAUCAUGGCUAUAUGGCUUUUGGAGGAGCCGGGGUUUUUCUGACGCCUGCUCUGCUGCGUGAGCUGGACCCUCACCUUGAGGAGUGUCUCAAAAAUGAGCAUGUCCCCCAAGGUGACGGUCUUCUCAAGCAGUGCAUCUACAGCAAGACCAAGACCAAGCUUACAGUUGUCAAGGGACUCCACCAAUUGGAUAUGGGCGGAGAUAUGAGUGGUUUCUACGAGUCUGGUCGCCUUCCAAUGAGUCUCCACCACUGGAAGUCGUGGCACCAGGCUCCCGUCGAUAAGAUGGUCAAGAUUUCCGAAUUUUGCGGCAGCUGUUUCCUGCAGCGCUUCGCUUUUGGGUCUGAUACUGUUUUGACCAACGGCUACAGUAUUGUUCAGUACUCGGCCGGAUUGGAGAGUGUAGACCUGAACAAGAUGGAAGGAAGCUGGGAGGGCGCCCAUGGUUUUGACUGGAGUAUGAGUCCUAUGAGAGCCAAGAUGGACCGUCGGCUAAAGAAGAGUUAUCAUCUGGUCGACACAGAAGUGAUUGGGAAGAAUAUCCGACAGAUCUAUAUCCACCGAGUCGAGGAAGACAUUCCCGGCCCGGGCGAGAAGUCGGGCGACCCCAAGAGCCCAGGGCCAAAAAUUGAGGAGAUGAAGGACGAAGUGAUAGAAUUAUUAUGGGAGUUGUAG